AUAUUACAUUCCACGUGCACAAGAACGUGCAUGAAAUGUAAACGCCUUACAUGCCACUCUCAUGCAGCCCAGCAUUGCAUCCUAGAAGAUCAUAUAAUUGUUUUCGCAGAAAAUAGAUCGUGUAAACAUAUUGCAAUGUGAUAUUUAGGAUAAUAUACGAUCAAGCAAGAACAAAGAUUACAGAAUCAAGAAAACAAAAUGUUCCUACAGUUUGUCGUCUACGUCUCCGUCUUUAAUUUAGCGACUGCUCAACUGCGCUGGCAACGUCUUCACAACGGUGGACUGGUCAACACUCCGAUCCACCGCCGCGACCACGCCCUGGGGUUUGACCCGGAGAGGAACCAGUUGAUUCUGUUUGGAGGCAGACCGGGACCUCUACACGACACGUGGACCUUUAACAUCACUAGUGCAAGCUGGCGCAAGGUGGUUUCCACCGUACACCCACCAGGUAGAUUCAGCUCUGUGAGCGGCGUCAGCAACGGCUACUUCUAUGUCACGACUGGCGAGGGAGACGGGAAACGGUUUUUAUCUGACGUGUGGCGGUUCAAUCUUCGAACUGAGGUUUGGGAAGAACUACCGGGACAAGUGAAACCCGAUUAUGUCAGAGCACGUGACUGGACGAAAUUGUCGAAACAAGUCCUGAAGCCAGAUGGGCGGUAUGGAGCGGCAGGGGGGAUAUUUCCAAACACCAACAACAUCUUCGUUUCCCUCGGGUUCGCCACAGAAGAUUUAUUUGACACCUUCACGUACAAUGUCCAUAAGAAAGGCUGGUACAGAGAAUUUUGUGACAAUAAACUGUGCAAUCCGUACGACCCUCGUUAUCCCCACGCACGAUUCCUGCAUAGUGGGACUGUGAUUGAAAACGACCAGUUGAUCAUCUUUGGUGGCUGUCUGACUGCCGGCCCAUGUCCGUCGGGGGACUCGUGGCUGUUUGACAACAAGAUCAAGAUUUGGAUACAGAUGGACGACUGUGCAACUCCGAGUAUUUACAGCAGCAUGGCUGCUCUACCCACCGCCCUGGGACAUCGACGAGUGGUGCUUUACGGCGGGAUUGAGCACCUCGGUCAAGUCAUGCAUACGACAACCAUUCUAGCUGACCAAGUUACAAUUCUCAAUCCGGAUACAGGAGUCUGGACCAGUCGACGAAUUUCCGGUCACGGAUCGAGUGACAACAUACCUGUGCGCAGAGCAUCGGCUGCUAUGGUGACGGGGAAACAUGGAAUAUACAUGUUUGGUGGAGAGGACUUACAAAAGAACGAACAGUUGAAUGAUGUGUGGAUUCUGAGGGGCGACGCGGCGUCGUCAGACAGGUCCCUGGCUCUACCCUGCUCCAAGACGUUCAUCAACUACAUCGCCAUACACGGCAUCCUGAUGGCGGUCGGCUGGGGAUUCUUCCUGCAGUGGGGAGCGUUCAUUGCGCGAUACCUGCACACUACGUCGCCGGCUUGGUUCUACGUCCAUGUCAUGAUGCAGAUCUUCGGUCUGUGCUGUGCGUUAGCUGGUUUUAUUUUUGCUGUUCUUUCCGUUCAGUUCAACCACUUCGUAACCGUCCACUCAAUAGUUGGCUUGGUGACCAUGAUACUGGGAAUAUUGCAACCCUUCAACGCUAUCAUUCGGCCCCACAAACUGGAAAUGGAGCAGAAGACGUACAGACGACGUGUCUGGGAAGCCGUCCAUCACUUCGGAGGUCGGAGUGUCCUCAUCCUGGCGCUCGUAAACAUCUCGCUCGGGGUCUUCAUCGCCGUCUCCAUCUUCCUCAUCUGGACGCUCUGGUUCUCCUACCUGGCCUUCCUGGUCGGCGUCUACUUCCUGGCGGAGAUGUUGCGAGGAAUCAGGGGAAGGAAUCGCCACACCUGGACCGAGGUGUAUUCUGACAACAAGACCAAGGACCAGGUGAACGGAGUGAGCGCCGAGAAAGAGCCGCCGGUUGAUUAUAUGUAUGACAACACGGCCACCGAAAUAGUCCAUCUGUGAUUUCAUUGUGAGGGGAGAGAGAAACGAGUAAAUGAAAUUAAUAUUAAA